UGCGCCGUGGGCGGGGCCUUGUCCUCCUCCUCCAGAUGUUCCGUCCUCCUGAUGUUUCCUAGCAUGCUCGGCUCCCGCGGUCGAGCAUGCCUGAUGCUGCUCAUCCUGUCUUUGCUCUGGAGAGGACCGGUUUCUAACAUCCAGCGUAACGCAGAGACGGCCGCUCUGUCUCUAAGCUGUAACCUCGACCUGCAGGUUCAUCACAGCAAGCUACUGUGGAGAGACGCCAUCAGACCAUUUAUACUCAUCACACAGGAGCUCAUGAAUGAUGAAGCAGAAUUUCAGUCGGAGUCUCUGAGCAUCAGCAAGAACUUUCAGAACAUCAGAGAUGAGGUCGUCCUACAAUACGGAUACAACCGAUUCAAACCUAAACACACCAGUAACAGCACACAGGAGCAGUUCACCACCAAGACCAUGAUGCAGUGCGACAGUGUGGUGGAUGACGGCGUGCAGCGAUGUGCUAAUUGGUUUGGCCUCAGGUGGGCGGAGUGUAUGAAGGCCAUCCCUGUCCCCGUUAUCAACCACAUCCUCUGUGUCUCCAUGAAGUUCCACUUCCUGUGUGAUGUCAUGAGAGUGAUGACUCCGUGGUGCAGAGAACAGAUCCCUGUAGAGGGAAACUUCGGUCAGCUGUUUGAUCAGCUCAACCUUUCAGUCUCUCAGCUUUCAGGAGAGUUCAGAACAGAGCUCAUCUUGAAGGAGCAGCAGCAGCAGUCGGUGUUGGGUGGAACUCCGUUGGAUCAGGAGUUCACUGAGGCUGUUAGAGGAUCCUUCCAGAAACUGACAACGACUAUGAAGCAGCUGCUGAACGUCAUGCAGCUGCUGCUGUCCUUCACCUUCAUCACAAUCUUCACACAGGCAUUCGGUUACCUCAGACAGUACAGGCAUGAUGUCCGAUUCGACAAUAUCUAUAUCACUACCUACUUCAGACAGAUCGACGCCCGCAGGAGAAAAAUGGGGAAGCACUGUCUGCUGCCUCUGAAACAAUCAGAGAAGAAGAAGUUCAUCAACCCCUGGAGUCUGAAAAUCCACCCCGAAGAGCUCAAACAAGUGGUGGGUUCAACUGUAACACUACUAAUAAUGUCCAUUAGAGAGUGUUCAGGUUCAAACUGA